CUACAUGCAGUCAUUUGCGCAUUCCUUAUAUAAUCAAUAAUCUAGUCACAAAAAGAAAACGUUAAUAAAGGGCGCAUGUGUUUAAAAAUAAAUCAAAGUAAAAAGUUUAAUACUGUGAAUAAGUGAUUAUAAUUGUUUUCCCUAAAAAUAAAAGCUCAUGCUAUAAAGUAUAUCUAUAAUGUCUGAAUGCAGUGAUGUUAAAGUCACGCCACAGAAUGCCGUACGCCCACCACCAAUAGCGCUUGGAAUCAACGUUGAGAAACCUAAGUUCCCUCAAUAUGCCUUGGUUCCCAAACGUUUUGAAUCUUUCAAAGAAUGGCCAGAACACAUACCAGUAGACAAAGAGGCCCUGGUAGAAGCUGGAUUAGUGUACACAGGUGUUGGAGACAGUGUGAGGUGUUUUUUCUGUGGUGGAGGUUUGAGGAACUGGGAAUGUGGCGAUGUACCCAUGGAAGAGCACGCCAAGUGGUAUCCGAAGUGUCCUCAUAUACUACUUGUUAAGGGCCAAGAAUAUGUUGAUAAGCUAAUUCGUGGUGAAAAGCCGGACGCGGAAGAAGUUGAUAAUACUAAGAAGUCUUCAGCGUCAGAGACUAACCUUUUGGGUAGUGUUGCUGCAAGGAGUUGUAUUGAAAUGGGUUUCGCGGAAGAAUUGGUUAAAGAAGCAAUCAACAUCUUUAUUGAGAAACAGGGCAAUACUGAUUUCAAAGGAGCAGACCUUUGCGAAAUUCUGUUUGACCUCGAAGAAAGUCAAGAUGUGACAGUUCUCACUGAUAAAUUAGAGGACUGCGUCGUAGAUGAUAAUGACAAAAUAGAGCCUCUUGAGACGCUUCUUGAAGAAAACCACAGACUUAAAGAGAACCAGUUGUGCAAGAUAUGUCUGGAUAGCCGCGCGGAUGUGAUUUUUCUUCCAUGUGGUCAUAGGGUUUGUUGUCCACAGUGUGCUCCAGCUCUCACAAAAUGUCCAGUUUGCAGGCAAACUGUGAACGGACAAAUCAAGGCGUUCUUUGCAACCACAUUUAGUAGUAGUCAAGAGAAUUGAGACAUAUGGUCAGCUACUUUCUGGUGGUAGAAGAGGACGGUUAAUAUUUUUCUCCUACUAACUCGUAGAAAUUGCAAGCCAAGACUUAUUUGAAGAAGCUUUGAUUACUACAAAUACACAUUUUGUUGUGUAAAUGUGUGUGUUAUGCGUGUUUGAUGCUACAGAUGUUCUAAAUAUCACGCAUACUCAGAACCCACAAGAAGGUUGAUUAGAACAGAACUAAACUUUUGAAAGAUCAAAAAUUCGAUUAACUUUCAUUCUAUAAAAAUUGUUAUUUGAUUUCAUUGGUUGCUGUCUAGAAUAAGGUACAUGUGUGUGUUUCUCAACGAUUGUGUUUGUUAUUGGUUCAAUUUCAUUUUAAAGGAAACAGUGAAAAUUAUCUUUUAGAUAUCAUUGUUACUGCAGGUCCUUUUUCGUCGUGAUGUUACGCAGAUCUGGUGCAUAUUUAAAUUUUGAAUUAAUGUUCGUAUAGUAGGUGAGUAUAAUUUAUACCUCUAACUUAACAGAUUCAAGAGGUACUCAUACUAAAAGACAAAAAAAGAGGAUUGACGAUUUUCGUAGAAUGCUCUUUGUUUCUACCUAAGUUACACAUUAAAUCAAAGACACAUCUCCAGUAGUAAAUACUGUUCAGUAAUAAAAUGCAUUGAAUAAAAAAUGUCGAGUAUUCUCGCUUCGUCAAAGCAAUAUGAUCCCUGUUUGGAUUGCCUCCCUUACAUUAGCUCUGAAUUUGCACUGGACUUUAUAUGGCUUAAAUUAGGAGUACAUUAAAAAAAAACUUCCAUAAUCAUUUGAAUGUCAGACAACAAACCCUUUUGCGUUCGUGUUUGUACCAGCGGAGGUUUAUUUAUGUUGUGAAGGAAGACUAUUUAGCAACCAUUCUUUGUUUUACCUCCCACCAGAUUCUAUCACCUUUCAUUGGUUGAGUAGUGUCACGUGGUUGCCCUCUAUAUUUCUAUAGAGGGAUAGUGGGUGACCCUACAUGUGAACUGCAAUUCAAAAUGGCGGAAAAUUGCAUUUGUUUAUUCUUUAAUUAUGAUUUAAAGUUUCAUUUUUAGGUUGACUAUUCAGUGAAUGAGGGAGCUAUCCUAUUUGCCCGGGAGAAGUAAUAAAGUUGUCGAUAAAACAAAUCAGUUAUUGGGUUUGUUACUGACCCCAAAAUUUAAUGAUGUAAUGCACAAGUACAAUGUAAAACAUUUGUUACUAAAGGCAUUCUUUCCACCUCGGCAGGGACGGGCCAAGUGAUGUGAAUCUUUAAUUAAAACUCAAUUAAGAUCAAAAAGAAGUAUGCAGCUGACGCAUGGUGGUACAUUUACUCAUAAAACUAAAAGCUAACUUUAGUUUACUCUGACUCUCGCGCAUCAUAAUAACAAUAAUAAACAAUAUUAAUUAUCUGACUUACACGGUGAAUGAAAUCUUCAUUUAUUCCUUAGUUUUUGUUAUACUUUUCUUGCAGAAAUGAAAAUGUAAAAAUGUUUUAUCAAAUAGUUAUUGUUAAAAAUCAUUUUAAAAGAAGUGUUAUAUAAUUCAACUUGGAAAAUGUGUGUUUAUUUCAGCGAAGAACUUUUUCUUUUCCGUACAAAGCAGUUCAUGACAUUUCUUCAUUACGCAUAUAUUUUCAGUAUAGUAUCAGUUUGAUAUGAGGUAUUUCUUUUAUCAAAACAAUUUGAGCAACAUAUUCAUACAGUUAUUUAUACAAUGUUAAAUAUCAUUAAAUUUGGAAAAUAUGAUUGUUUAUGAGGAAAAUUCAUAUAUGCGAAGAGAUUGGAUGUUCAUAUCUCGCAAAAUUAUAUUUUCCUUUAUCUGGCAUUUUUUUUUCUUUUUUCUGUAUAUAAUUUAAAAUAGUAGUAAUUUCUUUAUACAGGGUAAAAAAGUUAACAUAUAUGAUUUGAAAAAUAUAGCCUCUGAGUUCUUUUUGUGAGAAAUUUCCAAAUGCGAAAAGGAGUUUAUCCGGCGGAGGAACCUAUAUGACUUGAAAAAUAUAGGCCUCUGGGUUCUUUUUGUGAGAAAUUUCCAAAUGGGAAAAGAAGUUUUUCGGAGGAAGUAGGAAAAAACACUUAACGUAAAAUUUUAUUGUGUAACUAUAAAGUAUUACGUGUAUGAUUUCACACUACGGUAUUGUAAUGUUUUAUCUUAAUGCGAGUCAUUUUUGAUGAGACAACUGCUCAUGCAAAAUGAAGAUUUUCUUACCAUGUGUUUAAAGAUUUUUCCUUUAACAUCGACAUUUAUUUUUCUUAGCUUAAAAUAUGUGAUUAUACACAUUUGCACCGGUAAAACGAUAUAUAAUUUUGUCGCAUGUCUAUACCAGUAAGGUUAUGGUUAUUCUAGGUAUAAAGAUUUGCAAUUCUAAUGUUGUAAUUUUAGAAUGUACUAUAUGUAGAAAACUGAAUGUUUUGGUAUGGUUAUGGUUAUUCUAUGUUAAAAUAUUUGCAAUUCUAAUGGUAUAAUAUUAGAAUUUACUAUAUGUAGAAAAUUGGAUGUUUGGUAUGAUUUUGGUUAUUCUAUGUAUAAAUAUUUGCUACUUUCAUUUUGUAAUAAUAUUUAGAAUGUUUUAUAUGUAGAAAACAUAUGACUGUGUUUAUUAUACGUUUAUAAUUU